AUAAAUGGAAGAAAACAAAUAUGGUUGAAUAGCUGUAUAUGUAGAAUAAAUGUAGCGAAAGUGCAUUUUAGAGACGUUGUAAUGUGACGUCAUCACACAGCGUAAUAAGGCUAACGUUGGGGGCGUUGUCGCAAUGCACACAGGCUGUUCCAUAUUAUUUGAGGAGAAAUCAAUUUAUUUUAUGAUUUGAUUUUUUUUUUCCCACAAUUGACAACAUGUCCGAAGUUCAGCUGAUGGAGGCGGACGCCAGUCAGCUCCUAUCCCCCAGCCUGCAGCAAGACGACGACUGGGAGGCCGCUCUGAUCCAUGAGGUGCCGCAGCAGAGGCUCCUUUCUCUCGAGGCCCAGACCAUCUCAAACAUACUGGAGAACUGCAUCGGCCAAAUAGAGAUUACAGCAUCUCUGCCUGCCGUCCGCCAAUUAGUCUGCCCGUGUGUUGAUGUACAAGAGGAGUUCGCGAGCACUCUUGAGGUGCAUCAGAUGUUAAGCGAAAGGCUGGAAACGUCGAAUGACCUCAAGGAGGUACGAGGUGGACCGGCGGGGGAAGAAAGUGCGAGAAGGAAAAGGAGGGCUCAGCUAGAGGGAGACUUGAAAUACUCUGUCAGGGAUCUGCUCAGGUUUUUCCGGACCCACCCUGAUGCAAUUUUGGGUUUAAAACCCGAGGUUGGCACGGACGUCGGGGAGACCGAGUACACACUCAUUGUCGGGCUGAAGAAAUUUCAUGUGCAUAUGAUUGAGAGGUUGCAGACCAGCCCAGAAGAGGAAAUAUUGUUAGCCCUUGAGACUGUAUCACCUGACACAGAGCUCAUUGUCAAAUUAGAAGAAACAGCUGCAGCUAUCAUACAAAAAGAUGUAGAGAUUUCCGAGAAGAAAGAUGACAUCGAAACUUUGGAGCGCCUUCUUAAAGAGAACCAGAUCGAAGUCGUCGACUGGCAGCUUCUCGCUGACGAACAGUGCCAGUCCCUCAUCAAGACUUCACAGGUGAAGCAGGCCAGCAUCCAGCAGGAAAUAGACCGACUCAACAUUCGAAUCCACACUUCCACACUUAAAUUCAGAGAGGGGGAGAAAACACUCCAAGAGAUAAACGAAAAUGUGGAGAUGGAAAUAGAAUACUUGCUCCAAAAGUUUGAUGAUGAAAUAGAAGAGCACCAGGCUGAUUUGGAGUUAUGUCAGGAGGAUGUUGAAAGGGAGGAAGGGGAACGUAAAAGAUUGGAGAAGCCUUACGCUGACCUGGAGAAAGAGUACAACCACAUCAUGGAGAGGCGUCGGCUUGCAGAAGAGAAGAGAGUUUCGGAAUUGAAGCUUAAGGUUGCUCUUUAUUGUCAGUCAUGGUGGAGGGGCUACUGUACUCGCAAGAUCUUGGCCAGCAACCCUAUCACACCUAGUAAGGGGGGCAAAAAGAAGGGCAAGGGCAAAGGCAAAGGCAAAGGCAAAGGCAAAGGCAAGAAGAAAUAGUCCAGAUUUCAAAGUCACUACGGCGUGCCAUCUGUUUCUGAGCAUUUGGAAUUUUGCUGGCCUCUUACUAGUGUUUAAAGAGACAACUGUCGGGAGAGGGGACCGAUCGGGAAGUUUGUUAGUAAACCUGAGUAGGUUUACUUGUCAGCGCCAGACAAGGCAAGGACAUGACCUGGACCAAAGCACAAGGGUGAGGUCAUGGCUCUCAACUUUUCCCACAUCCAACGUAUCCAAGCAUGCUUUUAUUGACCUUGGGGAUAGUUCUUAUAUAACCACGUGGUGGCAGUAUAGGACUGCUCAAUGAGUGAGACCCAAUGCCAGCCCCCCCCCCGGGCAGUAGCGUGAUGCUCUGCUCCAGAUAAAGUACAAUACAAUACUUGAUUUUGAGGAAGCAUACCAGAGAGGCGGAACAUCCAUUAAAAUACGAUCUAUCAAAAUUUGACAUUUCAAAAUGUCUUGUGUGUCACUGCACUCAUCUCGAUUUGUCUGAAAUGAUCAGGUCUUACGUGGGCUCAGCUGUCCCCCUGGUGGCUCUAGACUAGACCGGGGGUUAAAGGUCACACACAGCGACAGGAGUCAUUCAACAUGAAUGAACGUCAUGGGAAAAACUAAUAUUGUAUAUUACAGUAUUUGCAUUUUGGUUUCAGAGUUAACUUUGUUUCUAUCCAACAAUGUACCCGCCCGAAGUAAUGGUAGACUUGCACCAAGCACACUUACCAGUUCUUAAAAAAAAUGUAGAUUUUACAGUGCCCAUAUAUUGAUACAUGUCUGUUUGCACAAAAGUGAGGGUUUCAUGCAAAAUGCUUCAUAAAGGGACAUAAAAUGUUUGCCAAACAUUGAGAUUAUGCAUGGAGGACAGUAUACGUUUUCAGUGUUUCCUGUGCGUAUUCAUCCCGCAGAUUACUGGUCAGAGAUCCAUAAAAUUAAUUUGAUGCAAGCUCAUUUUUUUGUGUGUGUUUCGAAAUUCUUCCUCAAAAUGUUAAGUGGAAUUUCUUUGGCUGCUUAUUUCUCUUAAACUGUGGGCUUUUGGAGACGUCAUCAGAAUUCUGUAAUCUCCGGAUAAGAAGAUUAUGUCCUCGUGAGACAAAAACAACAUUGAUUUCUGAAGCUAAAGUCUUUGGGAAGUUAUCUCCAAAUCAAGUUAAAAUGUAUAAUCUGGUUCAUAAAAAAAAUAAUCUGAAGAAAUAAAGACUGAGUAGUUAUCAAAGACUUUGAGUCUACCUUUGAAUCAUAAACAAUGAAUUGGUAAUGAGAAAAGAAAAUGGAAAUAUAUUGAUUGUUGUUGUUAAUAUUAUUAUUAUUGCAAUAAU